AUGUCAGGACAAAUUAUCCAAGGAAAAACAAAAGAUCUUUUCCUGAAAACGUAUGGUGAAACUAUUCCAGAAUUCAACUUCUCUUCUGGUUGGUUAGAACGUUUCAAGUCAAGAUACGAAAUAAAGUCUUACAGACGUUUUGGAAAAAGUGGUUCAGUUAUCAUGAACAUUGAAAAUGAAUUGCCUAGCAUACGGUCAAAACUAGAUCAGUUUGAAUUGAAGGAUAUUUAUAAUAUGGAUGAAAUUGGACUAUUUUACCGAUUGAAAGCUGAUCAUUCACUUGCUAUCAAGCAGCUUGAAGAUCGCAAAAAAAACAAAGAGAGAAUUACUCUUGCUCUCUGUUGA